UGAUUCAUCAUUGUAUUUAACCUUAAUAUUUUUCCCGUGUGCUUAAGUCUAGAAUUUCUUAUCUGUUUAUUUAAACUCUCUAGUGCAUCUUCCAAAUAUACCCCGAUUGGCAAAGAAAAAAUGGAGUGUUUUAACAGUCUCUCCUACAGUGUAAAAAAUCUCCUUUAUCAAUUGCCUAUGAAUUGUGCAGAAAUAUGUAAAGAAAUAUCGUCUGAGAUUCAUAAUAGUGAAAUAUUGCAGGGUAUCAUAUAUUUUCUAGUUGAUAGUUGGACACUUGUAAAAAGAAAAAAUAAUAUAUGGAAUUUUUCUACAAUUAUAUGUCUUCCUACUACUUGUGUGUUAGAAGCAGUGGAGGUAUUUAAUGGGGAAAAACUUUUUUGUCAGAUUCUUUUUCUGCUAUCAGAAGAACAAAAAUUUAAUGCUGUCAAAGAACUUUGUAGUUUACUAAAAAUGUUUCCAAACAAGUAUUCUAUUCUGCGAAAGAACUUUUGUGAAGAAGCAUCUACUUGCUAUAUAAAGAAUUUGUUGAGUAUUUCAAGACCUGUUGUUCUAAGUAUUGGUUGUGAUAUCUUGAAUGGAAUUUUAGACUCUCUAUUUGCAGAUAUCAAAAGUGAUAACAUUCAAAACCUCUUAUGGAUACUUUCAGCAAUUUUAGAGAAAUUUGAUUAUUUCUUAGAGAAAAACAGCUUUUAUUUAAAUAAGUUCAACACUUCAUCAGCUUCAGAUUUAUCUUCAUUAAAUUUAUACGAGAGAGAACAAGUAAAAAAAUUAAAUUUAUACGAGAGAGAACAAGUAAAAAAAUUAAAGCAAUUCUGUUGUGAUCUUGAAAAUUUGCGAUUCGAUAAUGAAAUGUUCUGCGAGAAAAAGAUUUUUGAAAACGAAGAUAUUUUAUUGGUUCUUUCGAACAUAGUUUUUAGAUUAUCAAAUGCAUUUGAAAAUUUACAGAUGCAAAAUAUCUUUGAGACAAUAUCUGAAGAACAUUUUGUAGUUAUACUUGUUAAAUUAAAACAUGUGACACAAGUUCUCUCAGAAAACCAAGAUGCUGGUAAUAUUUACAAAUCAUUUCUUUCUUCCUCCAUGCAUUUCUUCAAAGUUCUAAGUUUGAUGGAUUUGAACAAUAGAACUAUAAAAUAUGUUUGUGUUGAUGCAAGUACAAGUGAUUUAUUGCAGUUACGAAAACAGUUAAAAUUGGCUGAUUGCAGAAAAAUGUUGUCUAGAUGUCUAGAACUUAAAGACCAAAAAGAGAAGUUUUUUAUUGCAGUACAUAGACUAAAUCACCUAUAUUUCGGUCAUAAAGAGGUUUUUGAUUGGCUGCUACAAUAUGAAGACCUUAACACUGAAAAUGCAGAAUUAUGGGUAAAAACUUUAUGGACAUACACCAUUCGCUUUUGCUGUUUUGAUGUACUAAAACGUUAUGUGGAAAUAGUUCAUGAUAGAUUCACUAAAGGACUAUAUAAUGUGUUAACAAAAUCGUUUCAAGAACUUAUUUUAAAGUGUAUUGACCAUCUAUCUAUCUCCACCUGUAACAACUUAUUGUUUGAAUUAAUUGAACACUUUUGCUCAGGGAAAUCACUCUUGUGGCCCCCAUGUAUAGCCACUCCUAUAACUUUUGAACGAAAUUUAAAUGAGGUGCUUAAUAAACUAACAGACUCAGAAGAACCCAAUAUACAAUCAUUUAAAAAUGUUGCACAGCUGUGCCUUAUUUCCCCAUUUGUUGUACUUAAAGAAGUUGUUAACAGGUGUUUAAGAAAAGAUUUAAAAGUUUCUAUUUUAAUUAAGAUAGUUGAAAAUAUGCCUACCUUGCUUGAACUUUAUGUUGUAUCAGAUGUUACCCAGUUUCCAGCAGUUACCAGUACUAGUAUUGAUGUGUCUGAUGUUACACAAUUACCAGCAGUGAUUUAUUUCAGCCAUACUUUUCAUGUUUUGCUAUGUGAGAAAUAUAAAUCAGAAAAGAUCAUGUAUCAAUUAUUAGUUGGUUUGAUUAAUGAUUCUAGUAGUGUCAAACUUUUAAAGUCAAUAGUGAUAUGGUUUAUUUAUCCUUCUCUGAAUGGAAGUGUGACGUCAUACAAUUUAAACUUCUCUUUGGAAUUACUUGAAGCUUUUUCAGUUUUUAAAAAGAUAUGGAACAUUGGAGAAAUUUUAAAAGUUAUCAAACUUCUUUUAAGUUUUGUAGAAAAAGAAGCCACUGUUGAUCUUGUGUACAAAAACUUAAUAUCAAUGAUAGGUCUGCUUACUUAUCAGUACGAAUUGUGUGCUAUUGAUGAUAGUGUUACUGUUCAGCUUAAAACCUUGGCAAAGACUCUAAAAUGGUUUAAUUCCUUCUAUUUCUAUAAGCUAUUUAAACAAUAUAAAGUUUUUCAUCCAUUUUGUGUUCCUCAAUCUGUUCUUGCAUUCAGUGAUAUAAAUAAUCAAUUAUAUGAAUCUGUAGUUGACCCAUUGUAUAACACAGAUGAAGGAAAGUGGCAGGGGUUAAUUGAGAUAUUUGUUGCUUGUCAAGAAUCUGGAGAAACUUUUAUUGAAAAAAUUCCGACAACAUCCAUUGAUGAUGAAAUUCAAUCAAUUAUUGAAGCUGUUGUCAAUAUUUUUGGAAAAGGCAUAUGUUUUUAUAAGGCAAAACUUGUCGUGGCCAGCUUGAAAAAGUUAAUACAAAAAAGCAAAAUUGAGGGUGUUACAUCAUUUGUAAGUGAAGAUCUUCAAAAUGCAAAUGAAACUCAUGAUACUUGCUUCUCGUUUCUUGUGAUGGUUCAAACAUAUACAUCUGUUUUCUUAAAGGAUACUUUUGAUAGUGUUGCUACAGCAGUUCUAUUGAAAAUUCUUCAUCAGUUUUUUGUUAAUGCUAAAGAAAUUAGAAAGUCACAGGUUGUUAUUUUUUUAUGUCUUUACUUUUUCGAACAACUUAUUUAUGCUGUUGCAAUGCUUAGCGAUAAAUCAAUGGGCCAUCUUGAACUUCUCCUUGUAGAAUUGUUAAGGUUUAUUUUAAGUUGUCUAAAACAGUUAAAUGAUAAGACAAUUGCUUCAAAGGUUUUAUUGAAAUGCGAAGAAACAUUAUCCAUGAUAAACACAAAUCAUGUAAUAAAUGAAAUUUUUUCAAGCGAAAAAAAAUUAUUUAUAUGAAUUUUUAA